CGAGCCCCACCGAACAGAAAGCGGGUACAGCUCGCAUCGCAGGCGAAUAAAGUGAAAAAAAAAAAACGUUGAAGACCCGAACUCUUGUGUGUCGGGCAUAACUCUGAAAGUGGCGGAAGAGGAGUCCAAGUGUGUGUUAAAAUAAUCACAAGCAAUUAAAUAUCGCUCGCAUGUCCCAACAUCAUUCACAAAACCUCAAAAUAACCAACAACUCCAAGUCAACACGAGUAAAUCGUACCGGGAGUGCAGUAAAUACGCAAUAAUGUCGGUUGAUUCGCUUACCGACUCGGAGCUUCGUACGAAACUCGCCGAGUACGGUUAUCCCGUUGGACCGGUGACCCAGACCACCAGGAAGAUACUCGUCAAGAAGCUGAAAAACCUCAUUGAUUCGCGUGGUGGUUCUGGCGCUCGUCAUUCAUUAGCAGCAAGAUACAGCAGUGAUGACACUGAUGAUGACAAUUCGGCAACGGCGAAUAAAAAGAAAAAAACAGCGACUACUAAUCGACGACAGACGAUGGCAAAUCCAAUGCCUCCACCAGCAUCAGCACCACCUCCUGUGGUGACCAGUGUCUCGAGGAGUCCCUCAAAACGUCGAGCUGGUUCGAGAAAUUCAGAGUCCAAGGAGUCAUCGGAUUACGAGGAUACAACAGUGAAUUCAACGAGCCGUUCCACUAAGAGUGUCCAGAAGAAAAAAUCCUACAAACUGUCGACCGUCAAUGAUGGCUUGGAGACGGGAUCAGAUUCAGAUAUCACUGAAGAGCCAGAGAAACGUGUUCCCACUAAAUUUGGAACAGACAUCACCAAAUCCUUCGAUUCACGUAAGGAUCGAAGCUCAGCAGACGUCGAGACAACUGGCGGGACUUAUGAGAGUAGAACCAGGAGCUCAAAUCUUCUCAGAGAGGACAAGUACACAGUGCCACCUUUCAAGCCUAACAUCUCGCCCAUUGCACCGAUUAAAGAUGAUCUCCCUUAUAAAAAGGACAGUGGCAGUGUCAACGAUAUUCUGGCCAAUUAUGAGAGUCCUUUCCUCUCGGCAUUCACGAGGAGGCUCAGCUCUCAGACCAACAGCAGCAUACCUUCUCGAUCUAAUUUUAAGAGUUCAAUGUUACGUCAUACAACUCAAUUACGCCCAGAAAGUAAAGAAACGGACACAAAUGGACAUUUCUCUAAUCUCCGAUCAUCAUACACCACAACAAACUCCAGAUACGUUUCUUCUUCGAAUGACAGGUCACGAGACGUGGUGAAUAGAUCAUACCAAGCGCCAGUAACAAAACAGGAAGAGGGUAGAAAUAAUCAGAACAUGGUGUCAAUGGUAUUAGUCAUAGUACUGGCUCUCUUCUUCGGUGUUUUGGCCAUUGUUUAUCUUGGCCUAGGUGGCAAAACUGAGGUCGUACCUUCUCUACCCAUGGACAGUGAAGUUCCCCUUUGUUCGCAUUCUGAUCACGAUAAACCCGGUGUUAACUGCUUAUUCCACGAAGAUGUGGAGACUGUGAUGCAAUUAUUGAAACGACUUAGGCCAACAUUGAUGAAGAGGGCUAUUGCUGCAGCCUGUGAGGACACCAGUGAGGCACCUUACAUUACUGACUCGGAGGUGAUAAACAUGUUGAAGAGUGAUAAAGUCAAGGAGUUCGAAAUCACUGGCGAUCUCCACAAUGCCCAGCUACUGAUCUAUGAAAACCCAAAGUGGGGCAUUUCACUUGUUGAAGUCGAUGAAGGAACUGACAUAUCCGAACAUAUUCUAGAUUCAAUGGAAAAAGUCUUUCAAACGCGUUUGGAGGGAAAAGUGGGGAUGAUAAUGCUGAAUCCAGAAUUACCAGUUAAAUGUUUAAUUAAACAGAAGGUCUUCACAGUUCUGUCGAGCCUAUUCAUCAGUGCCAUCGGAGUCGCAACUGUUUUGGGGCUCCACAAAGCUGUCCAGUGGUACUUAAAAUACAAAAAAUCAGCAGAGAGAGAGGUAUUCCAUUUGGUGAGUGAGAUCAUAAACAUGGUAGAGAUGCAUCACCAGACAGCGGCAACAACGAGUCCAGGAGGCACUCAGGAGAGUUACCUAGCUAUAAAUCACGUGAGAGACAAUCUGAUACCACCUAAGGAUCGCAGGAAGAUGGCAGGAGCCUGGGAGAAGGCAGUGAGAUUCCUCGACGAGAAUGAAUCAAGGAUUCGGCGGGAGGUGCAACAGGUCGCUGGGGAGGAGUUCCAUGUCUGGAGAUGGCUGCCAAAGUUGAAUACGUCUGCUGCACCGUCACCAGCUGGAGGCAAGAAAAACAAAGUUUGGCAGGGACAGGCGUUCGAGACUAUUGAAGGCUCUGUCAACAGCCCAGCAUUUUCACCUACCCCUUGCCUCAAGAUUCGUCACAUGUUCGAUCCGGAUGUGGAGUUCGAAGAGGACUGGGAGGUCAAAGUGCAGGAUGCCAUCCUGGAGAAAUGUGGUGAGGGUGUUAAAAUUCUUCACAUCAGAGUUGAUCGUGGCAGUCGUGAGGGUUGUGUCUACAUGAAGUGCCUCACCCAUGAUGAUGCUGGCAAGGCAUACAGAGCUCUUCAUGGUUGUUGGUUUGAUGGUCACUUAGUGACAGUUAAAUACCUCCGGUUGGAGAGAUACCAUGAGCGUUUUCCCGACGCAGUACGAUGUACUCAGCCCCUGAAACCGAGUAAUAACCAGCGACUCUCGAUGCAGGCGAAUUCCUGGCAAACACAGAGCCCACUGGAAGCCAACUAACCAUUCAUGUCGCUCCGAGUCGAGAUUAAAAUGAGAGAAACCCAAGAUUAUCAACGUUUUUUCAUUCACUCGAAGGGACGAAAAAUUAUUGUCGUAAAAAAUGUACAGUAGCAUUAUUCAUCGAGUGGAGACGAAAAAAAAGAUGAAGAGGAAGCUGAAUCAUGAAGGGAAGAACUCUGAAGGAAAGAGUGAUGAAUAUUUUUAUUUUUCAUACGUCAGUGCCCCAUUAACAUUACUUAAUGAUUAUAAGAUUGUCCAGGAGUUUAAUGACUCGUGAAAAAAAUUACCGUUCAACCGGUGAACUAUGAAAAGUAUAUAGUUAUUACUAAAUGAUAAAAAAACUGUUUAAUCUUUAAAAAAACUGUACAGUUAAAUUGUUUGCCUCUAGAUUUAUCGACUCGUGUUGCUAUUGGUAUCACAGUUUCUAUUAUUAAUAUUAAUUUUAUUACCUCUUUGGUCCCUAAUUGAAAGUAAAAAUAAUUGUUAAUUUCGACAUUCGGCUCUCAACGCUUACUUGAACAAUUAUUUUGUAAUCAAAAGACGAUAAGACCAGAUUAUAUGUUUACCUUUUCAAAGCCAUUGACUUCAUACUUUCACGUCAAAUCUUAGAAUAUAUAGAAUGCGAUAAUUCAACUGUUCCUCUUGAAAAAGUAAAUGUACCUGUGAUUUUGAGAGAGAAAAGAAAAUAAAUUAAUCACCCACUCA